ACAAAAACCACCUCACUCUUAUUGUUUUCUUAAAAUUUCUUCCUUGCCACUGCCAGUGUGUCACCACCAUGGCCACCGUCACAACCCAAGCCUCCGCCGCGAUUUUCCGGCCAUGUGCCUCGAAAUCGAGGUUUCUGACCGGCUCUUCCGGUAAACUCAACCGGGAAGUGACUAUGAGGCCAAUGGGGUGCCCUCCUUCUGCCUCUUUCAAGGUUGAAGCCAAGAAGGGAGAGUGGUUACCUGGCUUGGCCUCCCCAACUUACCUCAAUGGCACUCUUCCUGGUGACAAUGGAUUUGACCCUCUGGGACUAGCUGAGGACCCAGAGAACUUGAGGUGGUACGUUCAAGCCGAGCUUGUGAAUGGACGUUGGGCCAUGUUGGGUGUUGCAGGAAUGCUACUUCCUGAGGUUUUCACCAAGAUUGGAAUCAUCAAUGCCCCUCAAUGGUAUGAUGCUGGGAAAUCGGAGUACUUUGCUUCAUCGUCGACCCUCUUUGUGAUCGAGUUCAUCUUGUUCCACUACGUCGAGAUCCGGAGAUGGCAGGACAUCAAGAACCCUGGCUCUGUCAACCAAGACCCCAUCUUCAAGCAAUACAGCUUGCCCCAACAUGAGUGUGGAUACCCUGGUAGUGUGUUUAACCCCUUGAACUUUGCACCUACUUUGGAGGCCAAGGAGAAGGAACUUGCCAAUGGGAGAUUGGCUAUGUUGGCAUUCUUGGGAUUCAUAGUUCAACACAACGUGACAGGCAAAGGACCAUUUGAGAACCUAUUGCAGCACCUCUCUGACCCGUGGCACAACACCAUCAUCAAUACAAUUCGUGGCUACUAAGUUUGUAUCCAAUGACAUGGAUAAGCCUGUGUCCUUCUCGUGUAAUCCUGAAUGGAUGAAUUUUGAGAGUGAUUUGGGCAUGAUUGUUAUGAUCCGUCUAUUUUCAUGUACAGAGGAACUACGAUGGUUUUACAUUGUUAUUUAGACUGUCCAUCAAUCAGUAAUCAAGCAUGAUACUUUCUAAAAAUUUCAUCAAAAUUCUAAUACAAUAUAUCCAAAGUA